AUGCCGUCGGGGUCGGGUUCCCGGGGCAGGCAGCCGCGGCCGACCGCUGCCCCGGUUGUACAAGUGAGCUCGCCCGGUUCGGGUGAGGAAGGGAGCGAGGAGGAGGAGGAAGAGGAGGAGGAGGGGAGCGAGGCGUCCCGUGAAGGUGCGAGGGACCAGGGCGGUUCGGCCACCGAGGAUAAGGCGGCGGAGAGCGAAGGCGAGGCGGAGGACCCGUGCCUUCCCAGCUGCCCCAUUUGUAUGGUCGCGUGGACCGCCGAUGGUGCGCAUCGCGUGAGUUGCAUCCCUUGUGGGCAUGUCUAUGGCAGACAUUGCUUAGAGACGUGGUUAGUGCAGUGCGGCAAGAAGAAGGCACCGUGUCCUCAGUGUGGCAAGAGAUAUACACAGAACAACAUCAUCAACCUCUAUGUACCAGAGAUUGUUGUUCCCAGUAAUGAUCUUGAAAAGCAAGUAUUGUCCUUGAGAGAGAAAAAUGAAUCUCUUGAGAAGCAACAAGCAAAAUUACUUGAGGAGAUAAAAGAGUAUAAGAGGAUAAUUAUGUUGCAACAAAAUAUAAUAUAUGAAUCAAGCUCAAAGAGACAGAAAAUGGCAGAGCAGUCAUCAGAUGGAAUGCCAGGGGCAGAGCCAAUUGCCUCACUUACAAAGAACAUUGACCACAGCAAUCUGUCAAGUUUUGCUCUCCAGAAUGAGUUUUUGGUUGAUGGAGCUCGGGUCAUGGGUAUAGAUGCAUCCAGUCAGAUUAUAUUCACUUCGGGAAGGGCACAUGGAGUUGGUGCUGAACACAUCCUUACAAAGAUUAGCAUGUUUCAUAGACAUGGAAUGGAGAAGAUCUACCUCCCUCCUGAUACUAAAGCUAUUAGGGAUAUCUGUGUACUGCCUGGGGGUGAUGUUGUUUUUGCAUCACUGGGCAGGAAGUUGUCUCUAUUCAGCAUGGCCACCAACAAUGUUGUCCUUCAAUAUGAUCUACCGGCUCCUGGUUGGUCCUGUUCAGGGGAUUAUCCUACUUCAACUCAUAUUUAUGCUGGAUUACAGAAUGGCAUGCUAUUGGUCUUUGAUAUUCGUCAAACUUCAGCACCUUUGUAUUCUAGCAUGGGUCUAUCGACACACCCAGUUCAUACAAUACACUGUGCUGUAGAUGACAGUGGUUCCAGAAAGGUUUUUUCUGCUUCUUCUAUAGGACCCUGCGUUUGGGAUGUCAGCGAAAACAGGCCGAGUUUGGUAAGUGGGGUGGAAAACCAAGGGGUCUGCAUAUCUCUUGCGUGCACCUCUCCAUCAAGUGAUCUUCUGGUGGCUUCAUAUCGCCCGAAAGUUGAGCUGCCAGAUGAUAGUGCCACACCUCAAGCAGCUACACAAUCACCGGCACUCACUGGUUCAGGAAAGCUAGGAUGCCACACACUCCUCAGGAGGACCACCACCACAUCCUUUGCCAGGGACCAUAUCUGUGGUGGUAGUGUAAGCGAGUUGCGAAUGUCGAAGUCUGCAAUCAUACCCUGCGGAGGCAAUCAGCAUCUGUUUGCCUAUGGGGAUGAGUCCUUGUAUGGAGUCCGGACUUGGCGGCUGCCUUCGUUUCAGAGGUACACCGAUCUCAAGCCCCACAGGCAACCAGUCCUUGAUCUAAGGUUUGCUGAAAGUUCAACUGGGGAGAGAUACCUUGGUUGCUUAAGCGCCGAAAAGCUACAGGUUUUCACAAUUAGGUAG